AUGCUAGUGCUACCAUAUUAUCCAGCAUCGAUAAAGGGAGAUCAGCUCUUACCACUAUCUCCACUUCCGCUGCUCCAACCUCAGGUGUCGUUGAUCCAUCUGGCCUGUCCAAACUCUUCAGCCCGACGAUACAAUCUUCCACACCUUGUCGAUCUUUUCCGUCAAUGGCUCGUAGAUUGGUUAGAUGGCGGCAAGAGCAGAGCCCAAGAAUUGGCGCUAAAGAAUCUGAAUAACGAGUUGGAGCGCUCACAUGCGUCGGAAGCAGAACUGGGAAGAGAGAUAUCAGAUCUAAGACAGGCUAUCCUUGGCGAUUAUACAUCAAGAGCAUCCUUGGGUCCCACUAUCAUGAGAGAAAAAAACACCAUUCUAUCUAUGGAAAUGACCGAAUCCCUAGCAGAGGAAAGGAUCAAAUUGUUGCCCAAACAAAAACCAAAAUUAGCAGAGCUAAUCGACGAAGAUUACUCAAUGGAAGGUCAUUUCAUGAAUAACCUCAUAUCAAAUGACGAAAAAAGUCAAAUUUGCUCUGCAGCUCAAAAUGCAGUAUGUAAACGAUAUACCAAAUGGCAGAAUGCCGGUUACGAGUAUGCCGCUAGUGAUGACAAGGAUCCUACCCUCCUAGUCUCAGCCUGUACCCGCAGCUUAACUAAAGACCUCAAUACUAUUGAUGCAGUUUGUUCUCUAGAUGAAGCCACUUCCACCAAGUGGACUUUGGAGGAGAAGAAAUAA